AUGGAGUUCAUCAAUACGUUGAUGAAGCUGGAGGGCAACCGCAUGCAUGGAAGCCUCACGAAGAGGCUUUCGGGCGAUGCCUGGAAGGACGCGGUCGCCACGGCCGCCGUAUACACCGUCUUCAUCGCGGGCAUCCCCCUAGUCAGGGCUAACUGGCACCACAUCCAGCAGCACAUGCAAGCCAGCGGCAUCACCUUCUUCUACAGGCUGGGGAACACCUACGAGACGACCAUCAGGUUCCAGAAACCGGACCGCGAGAGCUUUUACCACGGGCAACCAGAGGCGGUCGAGGACUCCGAGGAAGGGAAGAGGAACAACAUCCUGCAGAAGGCCAUCCUGCUCUACAUCGGACACGUGUACGGUGGCUCCGCCGACCAGCUGAAACGCUUCAGCAUCAACAUCGCGCCCCCGGAGCAAAUCUGGGUGGAAGUGGACAAGGAGAACGGCGUCUGGUUUAAGCAGACGAAGGACGUCGAAAAGCUCCCCGAGACAGAGGCGUCGUCCAAGAGCUACUCCCGGGGCCCCCCGCCGACGAUUGUCGACUACACCUUCCGGUGCGCCGGGCCGGAGGGAAACGAGAAGGUGAAAAACUUCAUCACCGAUGCGUACGCUUGGUACACCAAGGAAAUGGAGUCCACAGAAGACAACGCGAGAUACAUGUACAGUCUGGUGGCCGCCAAGGAACCGCCGAAGAAGAAGGGAGCGUCGGCCAGAUACCCCGACGGCAUGGAAGAUGAGGAGGGUCAUCCCGUGAAGAAGGAGGAUUCCUCUCCCAUCAUCUACAAGCGCUACAAGCUGGGCGACGUGAAGGACUUCGACUCCCUCUUCUUCCCGGAGAAGGAACAACUGCUCAGGGCGCUGGAGAACUUCGAGGCCAAGAGGGGCAGAUACGCCAUCAGGGGCUACCCGCACAAGCUCGGUUUUCUCCUCCACGGCCCCCCCGGCACCGGAAAGACGAGCCUCAUCAAGGCACUAGCGUGCCGGACCGGGAGGCACAUCAUCCAGGUUCCCCUGGGGCGGAUCAAAACCAAUGAGGACCUGAUGAACAUCAUGUUCGACCAAUCGUUCCGCGUGGCCACGCAAGAGCUGCCGGUCCCGCUCAAGCACGAGAACGUGAUCUACGUGUUCGAGGACGUAGACGCGGCGUCCAAGAUCGUCAAGACCAGAAAGAGCAUCAUCAACAACGACGACAACAGCAGCAGCAGCAGCAGCUGCAGCAAGGGCGACGACAGCGAGGAGUACGCGGACGCGUACGACAAGCUCGACCUCUCGUUUUCCGGAGGUUGGGGGUUGACACAUCGCUGCAAGCUCGGGUUCAUGGGUCUCCUGAACGUUCUGGACGGGGUCGUGGACACGCCCGGCAGGCUCGUUGUGGUGACCACCAACAUCGUCGACUGCUUGGACCCCGCUCUCAUCCGGCCCGGGCGCGUCGAUCAGAAGAUUCUUCUCGGGUACAUGCGGUACGACGCGGCGCUGGCAAUGACCAAGCACUUCUUCCCCGAGGAGAGCGAGAGCCUCACCGACGAGCAGAAGAAACGCCUCCAGGACGUCUUCAGCGACAAGGCCGUCGCGCUGAGAAGGAGGCCCGCUUCGAACUACGGCGGGGGCGACCGGGGCGAGCUCACGCCCGCGACGAUGGAGAAGGUGCUGGGCGAGCACGAAAAGGUUGACGACUUCCUGGAGGCGCUUGAGGCGUUCGCUCUGGAGAAGCCGGCCAGCGGCGGUGGCGGUGGCGGUGGCGGUGGCGGUGGCGGUGGCGGUGGCGGUGGCGGCGGCCGUGGCGGUGGCGGUGGCGACGCUCUACCCAAGGAUCAGCUCGGGCUAACCCUGAGCAGCGGGGUGGCGAAGGCGGACGAGAGCGUCGAAGAAGAGGAAGAGGAGGAGGGCGCAGGAGAGACCCCGGUGCUCGUGCCUGCUGGUUUCAAAGACGAUGACUAGACGACUGACGGCGCGGCAACUACGACAUGAUAGAUAGAUGGACAGUGGUAGUGUCUCGCUGCUGUUGUCCUCUUAGGUCUGCCGACGGGCGAUCGUUUGCGGUUGCGCGCACGCGUGCGUGACGGCGAGACUUGUGUCGAGUAGAGAUGUGUGCGUGAUAACGGACGCUACGGUUCUUCUCCCGACCUGACACUCUCCUCGAUCUUUUUCGUAAGAUGACCCGUUUCGUAGGUUCUAGCUGUAGUAGGUGCUAGCUGCGAAGGUGCCGGCGGACUGUUAUUUCUUUUGGAGGGGCAGAAGGGGGUGAUUCUUCAGGACGAUUGUAUUAUAUAUAUUUGCCCCUCGCAGUCCACCCGUCACCCGUACGUAUAUACACAGUAGUCCACAUCUAUCUGCGGGGAUAAAACAUUAAAAAACAAGUUGCGAGCAGCACGCAUACAUAGAGAGGUUUCUUUGAGGCAUCUACAGCAGCAGUUGAGAAGUUGUUUGUCGAAGGCGGCCAAACCGCCUUUGUGGAGAAGGUGAAAUCCUCCUAUCCUACUUGUAGUCGAAUAGUAUCGUAGCACGAGAAGAGCAUCCGCAGGCUACGACUGCUCAAGUGCGGUAUUGUGGCAAGAAGAUGCAUCCGCGCUAUUAUGUGGUGUGCGGGACAGAGAUAUGAUGGUACUGGUUUCAAUUUUGUCAACAAAGCCCAGGAGGGAGAUUUUGACCGCGCUACAUCUGAGCCCCGCUUGGUUGUUUCCGGACCUCCACUGCUUCCUGUUUCGGGAGCGCCCUGAUUGUGUUCGGUGUACUUCAUAUCCUCUCUCGUUAAAUUGACAUAUGGUCUACAGUUGGUGUGUGUGCCCGUAACCGUCGGGUGGGGUUCUAAUGCCGUACAUGUCUGUUCUAUUUAGUCUAGUGUGUGUUCCGACGUAUUGUGGUUCUUUUU